AGUAAUUUUAGAUUUUAACAUCACGGUUACCUACAAAAUCGACAAUCUGCCACCAUCUUAAUCCGCGUUCCUUUUUCCGGUUGUUUUGACGGACUCAAGAUAAUUGUACAGGAUGGCCAAGCGUACAAAAAAGGUUGGAAUCACCGGGAAGUACGGUACCCGCUAUGGUGCCUCCCUCAGGAAAAUGGUGAAAAAGAUGGAAAUAACCCAACAUAGUAAAUACACCUGUACAUUCUGUGGCAAAGAUGCCAUGAAACGCAGUGUUGUUGGUAUUUGGUCUUGCAAGCGUUGCAAGAGGACAGUAGCAGGUGGUGCGUGGGUAUAUUCUACGACUGCAGCAGCAUCCGUAAGAUCAGCUGUCCGUCGUCUGCGUGAAGUUAAGGAGCAGUAAAAAAGUUCAAUAAACAUAUUUCCCAACCAAAACAAAAA